AUGGCCAGCUCCACCCUCAACCAACACCCGCUGGCAUUACCGUUUGACACUUUCUCCCCGUACCAAACAAGACAGCAGACAUACGCCGACUUCUCACCGGCAUCAUUAUACAGCCCGUUGGAAGACUUCGGAACGGACUUCACCGACUCGGCAGCAUCCCCUGACUCUUCUUCCAUGUCGCCUACCUUUGCCAGCUCCUACUCCCUGCCCCAGGACAAUGACUGGAUGACAUGGGACGCAAAGGUAGAACGCUCGCCCGAGUCCGACUUCCUCAAGCCAGAGGCAUUUGACAGCCCGAUACUCGCCUCAAUACCGCCACACAACGUGUCUAUCAGUCCCGCUGUCAAUCCCAUGGAACUUGGCAACUCGGCUGUGGAUGACAUUGUCGUGUUCGGCCACGAGGGGAUAAACGACACCCAGCCGCUAUUCCAAUCGCUGCCGCCGCUAUCGCGAUCAUCCGAACCAACAUCGGCCAUCUCCCGGCCAUCACCGGCGAUCAAGACCUCGCCCGCCCCCUCGCCGCGGCUCGCUUCCCGGACCCCGGCCCGGGGUCAACAAGGAACGAAGCGCUACCCAAGCCGAAACCUCAAGCGCAAGUCCUCAGGGUCGACACCGACAUCCGGCGAUGAGUGUGAGGGUCUCUCCCCCUCGCAGCGGUCCUCAGUCUCUCCCGCCCCACGGGUACGGCGGGAUUCCAAGGAGCCCAGGGAGUCGUCGGCGCUGCCCAAGAAGACGGCGCACAACAUGAUCGAGAAGCGGUACCGCAACAACCUGAACGACAAGAUCGCGUCGCUCCGCGACGCCGUGCCGGCGCUGCGUGUCAUGGUGCGCCGGAUGGAGCCGGCGAACAGCAGCGAGGAGGACGGCGGGGACGAGGGGGGAGCGGCGGCGCGGUCGGCGAGGCGGGGGUCACGCGCGGCGGGGGCGGGGGCGAUGGAUUUGGGGGGUUUGGCGCCGGCGCACAAGCUCAACAAGGCGACCAUCCUCAGCAAGGCUACCGAGUAUAUUGUUCAUCUCGAGAGGCGGAACCAGAACCUGGCCAGGGAGAACGACGCGCUCAGGACUAGGGUCGAGGGGCUUGAGAUGCUGGUCAUGGGCCGGGGACCCGCGGGGACCAUGUGGAACCAAUAA